AUGAGCGGAAGUGUUAAAGAUUUUUCCAGCAAGUCAAAAAAGAGGUUUGAAUUUAAUUUCGAAAAUAAAGAAGUAAUAUUUGAAAUUGACCAAUUAGCCAGCAAAAGUGAUAAAUCGAUAAUUUGUCGUUAUGGUAAUACUACUGUUUUAACAGUUUUAACAGUUAAACAAUUAACAAAAAAUGUUAACUCUUUUUUUCCACUAACCAUUACUUUUGAGGAGAAAUUUUAUGCGGUGGGUCGUAUUCCUAAUGUCUUCGGUAAACGAGAAGGCCGGCCCAGUUAUGAUGCUAUUACCGCCGCCCGUUUAAUUGAUCGUUCAUUACGGAGUUUUUUUCCUUUUCCUACGGCGGUAAUUAUUGGCCAAGAAGAAAAGGAUUUUAUUGGUAAUCCGAGUAAGGAAAAAUUGGUCAAUUCCCCGCUCGAAUUAAUUGUUAGUGCGACUGAGGAAAAAAUUACUAUGUUGGAGGCGGGAACACAGGAAAUAAGUGAAGCCGAAUUAGCCCAAGCCAUCGCUUUCGCCCAGCAGAAAAUUCAGAUAUUGAUUGGUUUUUUUCAACAUAUCGCCAGCAGUUUGGGAGUUAAGAAAAAUAAAAUGGAGGUUAAACCGAAAGAAGUAACCAGCAACCAGUGGUUAGAAGAAAAAGGAAAUUAUUAUUUAGAGAAGGAAAAAAAAAUGAAAGAAGUUCGGCAACAAUUAACCCAGGAAUAUUGUGCCAAAAAUCCCGAAUUAGAAGAAGAAUUUGUGAAAGAUUUAGUAGAGGAAUUUUGGGAUGAUUCCGACCACAUUCGACCCUUAGAAAUUCAAAUCGAUUAUUUGCCUAAUGUUCAUGGUAGCGCGGUCUUUGCUCGCGGUGAAACUAAGGUUCUUUCAGUAAUAACCAUUGGUAAAAUCAGCGACAAGCAGUUAGUUGAUAGUAUUUUUAACCGUUCUUAUAAACAUUUUAUUCAUCAUUAUAAUUUUCCGCCCUUUGCCGUUAAUGAAAUUGCUAGUUAUCGGUCCGUUUCCCGGCGCGAAAUCGGCCAUGGUGAGUUGGCAGAAAAAACCUUUGAUUACCUAAUUCCUUCUCCCGAUUUAUUUCCCUACACGGUGCGGGCGGUCUCGGAAGUUCUUUCUUCGGACGGCUCCUCCUCCCAGGCUUCUAUUUGUGCUACCUCUUUAUCCCUCAUGACGGCCGGAGUGCCACUAAUUAGACCGGCGGCUGGUAUCGCUUUGGGCUUGUUUGAAGGACAGAUUUAUAGUGACAUUAACGGCUUGGAGGACAAGUUGGGGGAAAUGGAUUUCAAAAUUGCCGGCACUGAAAAAGGCAUUUGUUCUAUUCAAUUAGAUGUCAAAAAUCACGGGAUUAGUCAAGAAUUAAUAAAAACUAGUUUCGCCAAGGCUCGCCAAGCCCGACUUCGUUUGUUGGCGGAAAUGAAAAACCAUAUUUAUCACCCACGCCCUAACUUACCAACUCAAGUUAUUAAGUGCCGUCGCUUGGUGGUGGAAAAAGAAAAAAUAGGCUUAAUUAUUGGACCACGGGGGAAAACCAUUAAUCAACUUACUGAGGAAACUGGUUCCACCAUUGAAGUUCAGCCGGACGGCUAUAUACUUAUUUAUCACCAAGAAGAGGAUAAGUUAGAGGAAACUUGCUGA